CAGAGGUCAGACAAACUCUGGGGCUAAACAGGGCAGCCUUACAUUUUUCACAUUCACACGCCAGAGACACGCGGAGCCAUGGGAGAUGGUAAUCGGCCGAGUCCACAGCUUCCUUCGCUGCUUGGAAACCCCAGGAAGGAAAAUUAAACUUUACGAGAAAACGAAUGGACGAUUCCCCCACAGAUGAUAACAAAAAGUAAUCCAGAUGGGGUGCAGGUGCUGUAAAAUGAUACAAAGUUAUUUCUUUGAUCCAGUUCACGCGCCACCUGCUGGUUAUAUCAAUGAAGUUAAUAAUUACAAGCUAGAGGAAGAAGAUGGCAUCAAAGUGAAGGGCAAAGAGAACAAUGAAAUCUUGGUACAGAAAAAUGACCUUCAGAAUGAGGAGCUAAAGAGGACUGAGACCAAAAACAGGCUAAACAGCACCCAGGAACCUUUCUGGCAUCAUCGAGGACCUCCCCCUCCGGAGGAUGACAGCGGUAACUCUGUGGCAAAGAGCGAUGCUCCCCUCAAUGGAAUUAGUUCUAGUCCCGCUGUAUCCCCCAGCGUCCAUGCCAGUCUUAGCUACAGAAAAGAAAUCACUCCAGAGGAGAGCGGCAGUGGCUCUUGGGCCAGUGCUUCCAGUGAGGGGGAUCCUGUUGAACACUUUGUUAAAGAAAGUGACCCAGGGAGAAAAGAUCCUAAGCCUCGAGCUCCAGAGGAAACUCGAGUCACUUCAAAUGGAAACUCCCAAGCUUCAGGAGAAAACGCUUCCUCCCCAGGAAGUCACCACACAUUGGAAGUCCAAGAUCACCUCAUACCACUACCAGUCCCUGACUAUCCUCAAGUCGAGGUGCAAGCGAUAAAUCAGAUUGUUGAUGAAAAUGAUUGUUUUCUGAGUAAUCACAUCAUGGUAGAGCAGAUGGACAGAGUGGAUUAUGCCAGUGGGGAUCACCUCUCGAACCUGUGUUUUUCUAAAAGGAGAAGCUGGGAUUCAUUCCAUGAAGCAAUUAAAACUGAGGCCUUAACGAUGAACUUUAAUGAGGAUGUGUCUGAACGAGACACUGACUGGGGUCCUGAGCAGGAGGAUGCUGCAGUGGCAGAAGCCCUGGCAGCCCUAGAAGCUGCCACUGCAGGAGAAGAUGGAGAAGAGGGGGACUAAAAGGAAAGGGUUACCUCAGAGAUUCUUUUCUCCUUGUUCCCUAUAGGGCCAAAUCCUUCAGGUAAGUAAGCUACUGCCUGGAUGUAAGCUAAACAUUUGGGAAGUGCAUUAGUUCCUUUGGACAAAGAGUCUAUCAUUUCAGGUCAUUAAAAUUAUAAUAAUCAAACUGGGCCAGCUUGAAGCUGAUGGUGAUAUCAAGUACAGAAGGAGAGUCAACAAACUUAUCUCAGCACUUAGCCCAGUGCCUGGCACAUAGUGGUGCUUAAUAAAUACUAGUUGACUGACUGACUGACUGACUGACUGACUGAUUCCCAACUCCCAUCUUAGGCUUAUUUUCAGUAAAGUGAAAAGGAUCUGUGGCAAAGAUGCUCUUUAAAAAAAAAAAUGAAAUCUCAGCCCCUUCUCUCACUCCCAUAAAAAGCACAACAAAGUCUCAGCAAUUAUCAAAUAAUCAAGGCUGGGUCAGCCUCUCCUAAUUUAUAUCCUCAAAAUCUAAAGGAGCUAAUGCAUCCCUUAGGAGUAUCUAAUGUAUAUCCAGAGCAUGGCUUACUACCAGAUAGGAAUUGGGUCCAUAAGUAAUCCUUUAUGAUGUGUUGAACUAGUUCAAUUGAAUAGAUUUGGAGGUAAAGCAGAAUGAAUCUGUGAAUAAAUGAUUAGCCCUCGGUUGGGUGAUUUCAGACCCCUUGACCUUAACGUUUUUCAUAUUAUUAUAACCAUCUCGUCUAAAUAUGGGGGGUGGGGGCUCAUUCAAAAUAGUAGCACUGGAGAUGCUGUUACCCAUCUGAUUUUGUUUCAGCUUGUACUGUUGGCCAUAAAGAACAGAACUAGGAGUGAUAGUGGAGUCACAAAGUAGUCAAAGGCUUGAUGUAAACCUCCUAAGAGAUCUAUAUUUAAAAUUGGAACGGUCUGCUUUGGGAGGAAAUGGGUUCCCAUCACAGAAGGUCUCAGAACAAAACCUGGACAACUAACCACUUUGGGGUCUAUUGUAGAGAGGACUGUUAUUAGGAUGUCCCUUUUAAGUGUGAGAUUUUAUGCCUUUGAAUUUGUUUGUGUGUGUGUGUGUGUGUGUGAGAGAGAGAGAGAGAGAGACAGAGAGAGAGAGAGAGAGACAGAGAGACAGAGAGACAGAGAGAGACAGAGACAGAAAGACAGAGAGAGACAGAGAGAGAGAGAGAGAGAGAGAGAGAGAGAGAGAGAGAGAGAGAGAGAGAGAGAGAGAGAGAGAGGAGAGAGGGGGGGAGAAAAGGAGAGGGAUGAGAGAGAGAGAGAGAGAAAGAGAGAGAGAGAGAGAGAGAGAGAGAAGGAGAGAGACAGAGAACCCAUUGUAUCUUGGGCUCUCUUACUUAAAUAGGGGCAAGGGCAAUUUUCCCCCAGCUAGCUAAAUAGCAAAGCUCUUUGAUAUUAUUGGGAAGUAUUGAGAAAUAUGUGUAUCAAAUUAUUAAACAGUUUCUCUAGUGUUUAAAACACCAAAUAGCAGGCCAACUGAUUGAAUCUGCUAAACUCAGUCCUGGGAAGGAAACCAAAACCAUGAGUUCUCUUCCUCUCUUUGACACAGAUACAUUGUGUGGCCCCAUCCUUCUACUCUUUAGUACCUAAAAACUGCAUUUGCUUGAGCAUCCUGCUUUAUGAGCAUCCAAUAACCUUGAUAUACCUCACCAUUUUGUGGCAAAGCAUUUAUAAUCAUAGACACAUUUUGGAAAAUGCCAGGGUUCAAUAAAAAUUUCAAAGCUUAAAAUUAACCAUGUUACAACCACUAGAAGUCCUACUGUUGAGAAGGUCGUGUUCACAUGUGCAUUCACUCUCAUGUAGACAAGGAAGUGUUUCAGGACAAGCUGUUAACUUCCAGGCAGCAUAUCCCUUGAAAUGUUUAAUGCAUAUAUUUUAUGAUUAAAUUGUCUUGUGUUAUAAUGCUUAGAAUAGCUCUAUGUGUAAAAAGUACAUUGAACCCUACUUUGGGGGAUUCAGCAGACUUUUACUAAGUAACUAUUAGGUGCAAAGCAGGGUGCUGGGUGCUGGAUAUAUAAAUGAAAAAUGACACAGCCCUUGCCCUCAAGAAGCUUAUACUCUUCUAAAUGGAUGGGUAAAUAAGGAAAAUCGCAUCCUUUAGUUCUGUUUGAGGGACACCUAAAACCCUAAUUAUUUACCUUCUGAGUACCCAUUACUAAAUUUACCCAGUGCCCAAAGUUAUUCCUAGAGAAAUUCCUCCCUUCUUGGUUAUUGGUAUUCUGGAGAGAGGAGUAUGAGCUGAUAUUCCAUUUACAUUCAGAAUGUCAAUUUUCCAGUUUGGGCUUAAUUGAAAGAAGGUCGGGACAGCUAUUGCAGACCCAGCUCUGUUAACGUUCCCUCAAGGCUGGCAGUCCCUUCAGGAACCAAUAAUCCUCCCUGCUCCCAGCCUAGGGGAGGUAAAAGUGAGAUCCAGAGAAGGGAGAGAAAUGAGAAAUUCAUGCUGACUAACUCUCCCCAGCCCAGAUGGUGGCCAGUGGCCAGGCUCCAUUAAUGUAAUCCUUUGUCUAUAGUGCCUUUGAGAAGUCUCCUCUGUACUGAUAGUAGGAUUGCUAUUUCUAAGCCAAGUAGGGGGAUGGGGAGAACCAAAAAAAAAAGUCUUCUUAAUUUAUCUCCUCAAAAUGGGAUGGGGGGAAAGAGUACCAGGGAAACUGCAAUAAUGGGGUGGCUGGCUCUUACUUGUCCCCAGAAUGCUGCACAGGAAGAGAAAUGAAUUCUGAAUUUAACACAAGGGUAGCUUGGAAAUGUUUGAGAGAUAUUUAUAUUAAUUGCUACUUUAAGAUAAGAACUCAAAACGGGAAUUUGGGGAUAUUCUUCCUUCUAUCAGCCCUUGCCCUUAUAUCUGUUUCGUAGGACCCAAGAUGGCCGGGAGGUUGGUGCCCUUAAGGUGGAAAAGAAAUUCUAAUUUUGUACUUUAUCAUCCAGGGUUUUGCAGCAACUUCGUAUAUGCGCCACUAGAUCAAUUGAUAUUUGAGCGUACACACCUUUUCAAAUGUUUUCCGGUCCUUUGGAGUCAUUGUUACCUUGAGUAAAGAUAUUGGCAGGAUGUUAUUAGAAGUAGCAUUUCCUAGAGAAGUUACUCAGUACAUGGCCAAGUAAAAUAAUUAUUUUCCCACUUCAUUUUUGGCAUAAGAUUAUCUGUGCUUUGUAAUAAGCAAAUUGGACCAGAGAUUUGCAUUUUUCUUUUUUAAAAAAGAAUGAAUUCAUCAGGUGAACAAAAAAACACGUUUAUGUUUCACUUAGACAAAGUGUUUAUUGCUUCUAAUACAGACUAGCAGAAACACCCAGGAAAUUGAGCAAGCCAUGAUGGGUAAAACAAGUGCUCUGGAAUAGUGAUGAUCUGAGUUCUCUUGCUUUUAAUUGUAGCAUAGAACAUUGUUGAUGACCACUAAGUGUUUGGGACUUUUUUUUUUGCCCUUCCCUGCCCAAUUGUCACCACCACCACCACCCCCAAAAAUGGAGAAAGUCAUAUAAUUACAUUUUCAAGUCAUUAACAGAGCAAUGGAGCAUGGGAAAAAAACUAAUUCUCCAAAGUGAUUCCUUGAGGUUCCUUUCUUUUCCUCACUAGUUAUUCCUUCAUCAGGUAAUAGAUGUAAGGGUGAAACAAGAAUUCCCAACCCACCCUAAUCCAUAUUUCUAUAUUCCAGGCACAUGGGGACAAGGGGGUCCUGUUCUUAAAUCCUUCCUCAUACACUAACUCAUAUGGACUCCCAGCAAAUUACUUAACCCCUCUGGGCCUCAGUUUUCUCAUCUUUAAAAUGAAAGGGUUAAACUUGAUGAUGCCUCGGGUCUCUUUUAUUCUGUAUCUGUGAGCCUAUGAUUUGAUUUCACCUAUCUUUUGCAAGGGCAGCUAGGUAGUACAGUGGAUAGAGUACCAGGCUUAGAGUCAGGAAGGAGUCAAACCCUGCUUCAGACACUUGUCUGUGUGACCUUGGGCAAGUCACUUAACCCUAUUUGCCUCUGUUCCUGAUCUGUAAAAUGAGCUGGAGAAGGAAAUGGCAAACCACUGUAGUAUCCUUGCCAAGAAAAUCCCAAAUGGGGUUCUGAAGGGUUAGAAACAACUAAAAUAACUAGAAAACAUCUCUUGCAUAGACUGGACACUUCUAGCUGCUUCUCCACUUUUCUCAAUUAAAAAAUGAUUCCUAUUUGUACAAUAAAGUUGAUAACAAAAAUGUGGAAACUUCUUUUUAACUUUUUUCAACUACCAUGAAACCUCAUUAAUUUGAACUCCAGAUAUUUGACAUUGAUAACUGGAAUAGAGUUUACCUUUAUUUGUGAAAUCCUUACUUUGUAAAUAAUGAGAUUUACUUAUGCAAUCAAGACUGCAAGCAACAUACUUUUAAAUUAGAUUAAUUAAUUAGCUGUUUGACUAGGGGGAAGUCAACCCACCUCACUCAGUUUCCUUAUCUGUCCAAUGAAGGAGUUAAUAAAAUAAUGAUGUUGAUCUCCGGCAAGUUGUUAUCUUCUAGUCCUGAAAUUCUAUGAUUCUACUUCAGAACAAAUUUUUAAACAUUUCACGUUAUGAAAUCUACACACAGAAGUAAAUAUUACAAUUUAUUCUUAUCUAUUCAUUAAAACAGAUCCCCUUAAGGUUUGUAGUAAGCAAUAUCGAUUACAUAGUUCAAGCUUCUAUAAGUAUUGAAGAAUAAUUGAGUGGCCUUGCUUUAAAAACACAUCAUAAAUCAUACUUUUGACAAACAAACUGGUCUUCUUUCCACCUAGUCUGAAUAGAGAGAUGUAUUGUGCCCUCUAGAACCAAUGCGAAAAAAGAAAAGAGCCAGAAGAGAACUGAGGAAGCUAUGGCGAUUGCGGUACUCAAAUUAGACUAUCUAGAAAUUAAUGGCAACUUGCAUUACAAGACCAAAAACACUGAAUGGGGCCACCUGGUUAUAUGGGAAACCAGUGUUUUGAAGCCCAUGUAGGAAGCUCUGCCACAUGAGCUCCUUGAUUACAAGAAUACUUCAUUUUUUGGCUUUGUAUCUCAAGUCCCUUUUUCAUCUUUGUAUCUCUACUGCCUUAUUAGUAGUUGGCACAUAAUAAAUGUUUGUUGACUCGA